AUGAGGCACCGCGGCCUCGGCCUAGAGAAGGAGAAACAACGCGGGGUUUUCUUGGUCAAGUAUGAAGACAUUUAUAGCAGUGACAAUGAGUCAGCUAAUUCCGAUCUGUAUCAAGAUGAUGCAUUUGGUCAAGAUGUUUUUAAAAAUAAAACAUCCGACAUUAAUAAACGAAUUCAGAUGACUUUGGUAAGAUUCAUGACAGAGGUGGAAGCUGGUGACGCAGCUGAUAUGCUUGGUCAGAAUAAACACGUAGAACAAUCAAAUGUUUACCUCGAUUUGGGACGAAGAUUUGUACCCCAGUACAAGUAUACUGAUACAUACAAAGAACCAGCCGCUGAGCACAAUGAUGAGCUAAUACCAGAGAAGGCACCUCCUGAACUGGUGUUGUUGAUUGCAAAGGAGUCUGCAUUGAUGGGACCGGACAAACAAAGUGACUUAAAAGAUUUUGAUGAGAAGAGAAUAUUGAGAUCAGGGCCGUCAGGCAGUAGCCCACCAGACAUAACACCCGUCUGGUCGAAGGUGUUCUCUCAUCCCUCCAAACUGGUGACUACGACGUGA